AGUGCACAGCUUUUCCACGUCAGUGUGUUUACUGAGAGACUGACAGCUGCAGGAAGCUUCACUUUAUUCACUUAUGCAGCGCUUUAUGGCGAGUGAAUGAAUACGCGCUGUUUGGAAAUAUCACGUUCUGACGCAGUGGAAUGUCCGCUAAUGUUAAUUUGUCUGUUUGUCGCAGUGAAUUGAACUUCGGUCUUCUUCAGUCACUGUUGGCCGGCUAGCCUGCUAGCUUGCCGAGCUAGGCUAGCUAGCAUUAACUAACGUUACAGCUUGACUCCAUCUUUGAAAUAGAAGCCAUAAACAGAAAGCAGCAUGGUGGACAAGAAUAUCUACAUCGUCCAGGGUGAAAUUGGUACUGUUGUCGGGGCUAUCAAGAGGAACUCCAGAUGGAACACCCACACUCCACUGGAUGAAGAACAAGACCCACUACUGAACAGCUUUGGCCACCUCAAGGAAAUACUCAACAGCAUAAAAGAACUGUCAGAUGUCGAACCCAACGUUUUCCUGAGGCCCUUUCUAGAAGUGGUCCGCUCUGAGGACACCACAGGACCCAUCACUGGCCUUGCCCUUACCUCUGUCAACAAGUUCCUUUCAUAUGGCCUUAUAGAUGCCAACCAUGAAGCAGCAGCUGAGGCCAUUGAGAACAUGGCAGACGCAGUCACACAUGCCAGAUUCGUGGGAACAGACCCUGCCAGUGAUGAAGUGGUCCUUAUGAAAAUUCUACAGGUCCUGAGGACUCUGCUGCUGACACCAGUUGGAGCCCAUCUGACCAAUGAGUCUGUUUGUGAGAUCAUGCAGUCCUGCUUCCGUAUCUGCUUCGAGAUGCGCCUAAGUGAGCUCCUCAGGAAAUCAGCUGAACAUACACUGGUUGAUAUGGUGCAGCUACUGUUCUCCAGACUACCCCAGUUCAAAGAGGAGGCCAAGAGUUAUGUGGGUGCCAACAUGAAGAAGUUGAAGAUGCGUGCUGGAGGAAUGAGUGAGUCAUCUAAAUGGAAGAAGCAGAAACGCUCGCCAAGGCCACCUCGCCACAUGGUCCGAAGUCCCUCUGGUCAGAUGGAUCCAACCACCCUCAGCAACAACUUAUCUGGUGGUGUCCCGUUCAUUGAGCAGGGCUCAUCCACCUCUACCUUACCAGCUUCAGACAGUGCUGGCUCGUCCAUCUCCAGCCCUACAACUACAGACAGCGGCCUGGACACCUGUUCCAAGGCCACCUCCAAGGAAGACCUUUCUGACCUGGAACAGUGUAGCUCAUCUGCAACCACGCCAAGCACAGCUACCACCCUCACCUGUUCUGAGUCUGGCUCUCCAGAUGCACAGCCUGAGGGAAGACAGGUUGAACCAGCUCAGUCAGCCUCAGUGGAGUCCAUACCUGAGGUUCUGGAGGACAAAGACUCCAUCACAGAACAGUCAGACAGCACCUCUGUUCACGACAUGGACUAUGUCAACCCCAGAGGAGUCCGUUUCACACAGUCCACACAAAGAGACGGAGCAUCUCUCAUUCCCUAUGGCCUUCCAUGUCUAAGGGAGCUUUUCCGCUUUCUGAUCUCACUGACUAACCCCCAUGACCGCCACAAUACUGACGCCAUGAUGCACAUGGGCCUGCAGCUACUGACUGUAGCACUGGAGUCUGCACACAUUUCUAACUACCAGUCAUUACUAGGACUGGUCAAAGAUGAGCUCUGCAGACAUCUCUUCCAGUUGCUGUGUGUGGACCGUAUGAACCUCUAUGCUUCCUCAAUAAGAGUUUGCUUCUUGCUUUUUGAAAGUAUGAGAAUGCAUCUGAAAUUUCAGCUUGAGAUGUACCUAAAGAAACUGAUGGACAUCAUCACAUCAGAGAAUAUUAAGAUGCCCUAUGAAAUGAAGGAAAUGGCUCUGGAGGCACUGGUCCAGCUGUGGAGGAUCCCCAGCUUUGUCACUGAGCUGUACAUCAACUAUGACUGUGACUUCUACUGCUCCAAUCUAUUUGAAGACCUCACCAAGCUACUUUCAAAGAAUGCCUUCCCAGUGUCAGGGCAGCUCUACACCACCCAUCUCCUGUCACUAGAGGCUCUGCUGACAGUGAUUGACAGCACUGAGGCUCACUGCCAGGCCAAGGUGCUCAACAACACUGCUCAGCAAGACCAGUCAGAAACAUUGCUGGCGGAGGGGGAAGGUUCAGCGAAAAACGGAACAGACACUACAACUGAUCUUAAUAGACUGGGCAGUACCAAUGGUCUUAGUCUUCCACAAGCUGAGAAUGCUCCAGUAUGUCCACCUACCAGUGGACAUUUGAUGGCAGAGAAAAUGAGACUGGGUAGACAGGAUCAAGGAGAUAGUGAUACUGCUGAGAAGAGAGCCCCGAAAAAGCCUCAACGUUUCUCAUCAUAUUUACCCGAUUCCCAAGAGUUGAUGGAAAUCAGAACAAAGAAAAAGCUGCUGAUCACAGGCACAGAGCAGUUUAACCAGAAGCCCAAGAAGGGAAUCCAGUUCCUGCAGGAGAAAGGCCUCCUCAGUAACCCCAUGGACAACAACCAAGUGGCCCAGUGGCUCAGAGAAAACCCCCGACUGGACAAAAAGAUGAUUGGCGAGUACAUCAGUGAUCGCAAGCACAUGGAGCUCCUGGACAGCUUUGUCAAUACAUUCACCUUCCAGGGGCUUCGUAUUGACGAGGCCCUGCGGCUCUACCUGGAGGCCUUCAGGCUUCCUGGGGAAGCUCCAGUUAUCCAGAGACUCCUGGAAACCUUCACAGACAAUUGGCAUAAAGUGAAUGGCUCUCCUUUCAUGACCAACGAUGCAGGCUUUGCCUUAGCCUAUGCUGUCAUUAUGUUGAACACCGACCAGCAUAACCACAAUGUCCGCAAGCAGAAUAUCCCCAUGACUGUAGAGCAAUUCAAGAAGAAUCUGAAGGGAGUGAAUGGAAACAAAGACUUUGACCAGGACAUGUUGGAGGACAUCUAUAAUGCUAUCAAGAAUGAGGAGAUUGUGAUGCCUGAUGAGCAGACAGGUUUAGUGAAGGAGAACUACGUAUGGAGUGUGCUGCUACACCGCGGCGCUACACCUGAGGGGGUUUUCCUCAACCUGCCACCCGGCAGCUACGACCAUGAUUUGUUCACUAUGACCUGGGGUCCCACCAUCGCUGCCCUCUCCUACGUCUUCGAUAAGAGCCUGGACGACAACAUCAUCCAGAAGGCCAUCACUGGCUUCAGGAAAUGUGCAAUGAUAGCAGCUCACUAUGGCUUCAGUGAUGUUUUCGACAAUUUGAUCAUCUCCCUGUGCAAGUUCACCACUCUGAGCAGUGAGUCUGUAGAAAACCUUCCUACAGUGUUUGGCAGCAACAGUAAGGCGCAGACAGCAGCCAAGACAGUGUUUGACCUCGCCCAUCGGCACGGCAACAUCCUGAGGGAGGGCUGGAAGAACAUCAUGGACUCCAUGCUGCAGCUGUUCAGGGCCGAACUCCUGCCCAAAGCCAUGGUCGAGGUGGAGGAUUUCGUGGAGCCAAAUGGGAAAAUUUCUCUUCAAAGAGAGGAAACACCUUCAAAUCGUGGUGAGUCAGCAGUGUUGAGUUUUGUCAACUGGCUGACCCUGAGUGGAGCUGAGCAGUCAGGACUCAGAGGACCGUCCAUGGAAAACCAGGAGGCCAAACAGGCCGCCAUCCUCUGUAUAAAGCAAUGUGACCCAGAGAAGCUGAUCACAGAGAGUAAAUUUCUACAACUGGAGUCUCUACAGGAACUAAUGAAGGCUCUGAUAUCAGUCACCCCUGAUGAAGAGACUUAUGAUGAAGAGGACGCUGCCUUCUGCUUGGAGAUGUUGCUGCGUAUUGUUCUGGAGAACAGAGAUCGCGUGUCAUGUGUGUGGCAGACGGUGCGUGAUCACCUCUGCCACCUUUGCGUCCACGCUAACGAGAGUUGCUUCCUGGUGGAGAGGGCCGUGGUGGGACUCCUUCGACUCGCCAUCCGUCUGCUGCGACGAGAAGACAUCAGUUCCCAGGUGCUCCUCUCGCUACGUCGCCUGCUGAUGAUGAAACCACAAGUCUUGUCCCGGGUCAGCAGGGACGUGGCCUACGGCCUUCAUGAGCUGCUGAAGACUAACGCAGCCAACAUCCACUGCACAGAUGACUGGUACACACUCUUCUCCCUGCUGGAGUGCAUCGGAGCCGGAGUCAAACCUCCCGCUUCUUUCCAGCUCGCCUCCACCAGCAAUGACAUCGAUACAGGUGCCCAGUCAGACAGUGAGCUUCCCUCCCACCAUCCCAGUGAAGUGAGCUUAGACCGCGGCUAUACAUCUGACUCAGAGGUCUACACUGAACACAGCAAGACCAGGAUCCCCCGCUCCACAACAGACGUGGAUGUGGCGAGCAGCGGAUGGCUCGUGGUUGGUAAAGAUGACCUAGAGACGAGUAAGAUCACUCCACUAAGCUCUAAAGCUCAGCUGAAUCACCCACUGGUCAACCAGUACAGUCUGACGCUGGGUCAGGAUCUGGGUCAGCACGACACGAAGUCUCUCAUCAAAUGUGUGGAAACACUCUCUUUCAUCGUCCGUGAUGCCGCCCACGUCACCCCGGACAACUUUGAGCUGUGUGUCAGAGCCAUCCGAGUGUUUGUUGAGGCCAGCCUCAAUGGAGGCUACCGCAACCACGACAAGAAGAAGAGCCACAAGUAUGACUCCUCCAAGUCCCGGAUGAGGAAAAAGGUGGGGGGAAGGGAGAAGGAGGGUGGAGGCGGCACAAGGCGAGGUGGCAGCCGGGCAUCCAGCCAGCGUCCAUCACGUUCCCACAGUGACGACGAGGAGGAUGAGGGCGUCCCAGCCAGCUACCACACGGUGUCAUUACAGGUUAGUCAGGACCUGUUAGACCUGAUGCACACACUGCACACCCGGGCUGCCAGCAUCUACAGCUCCUGGGCAGAGGAACAGCGCCAUCUGGAGGCUGCAGGCAGGAAGAUCGAGGCAGACUCUCAGACUCUAUGGACCAGCUGCUGGUGCCCACUGCUGCAAGGCAUCGCUUGGCUGUGCUGUGAUGCCAGACGUCAGGUCCGUAUGCAGGCCCUUACCUACCUCCAGAGGGCUCUGCUGGUCCAUGAUCUGCAGACACUGGACGCCACCGAGUGGGAGUCCUGCUUCAAUAAGGUGCUUUUCCCCCUGCUGACUAAGCUGCUUGACAACAUCAGCCCUGCAGAUGUGGGCGGUAUGGAGGAGACAAGAAUGAGAGCCUGCACACUCCUGUCAAAGGUUUUCCUGCAGCACCUCUCACCUUUGUUGUCCCUGCCCACCUUUGCUGCCCUGUGGCUCACCAUUCUGGAUUUCAUGGACAAGUAUAUGCAUGCAGGAUCCAGUGACUUACUGUUGGAGGCGAUCCCUGAGUCUCUGAAGAACAUGCUGCUGGUGAUGGACACCGCGGGGAUCUUCCACAGUGCAGACUCCAGGACAGGAUACUCUGACCUGUGGGAAAUAACCUGGGAACGAAUCGUCUGCUUCCUGCCUUACCUGAGAGAGGAGCUCUUCAAACAGACCGUCAUAGCAGAUCCAGUACCUAGUCCUCCAGCAGAGCCUGUGCAGCCAACAUCUCCAGCAGGCCGGCCUCCCUCUCCCCAGGCGUCACCACCACCUGCCCAGCCACCCUCCCCAGUCCCUGUUCCAGUAACCCCAGCAGAGUCACAGACCCCCAGCAGGCCAGCAUCGCCCCAGGAGCCCCAACCAGCCAGUGCCAACGGAUCAGACCGAUCGUCUCCGGUCCCCACGUCGAUUCCCCCCAUGCCAGUACCGUUAACAACAUCUCCAGCCCAGGCUCCCUCUCCCCUGAGCCAGUCCCCCCUCAUCUUGCAGCCCCUCGCCUCUCCUCUGCAGGUGGGGGUCCCGCCCAUGUCCCUGCCAAUCAUCCUAAACCCCGCCCUCAUCGAGGCCACAUCUCCGGUACCACUGCUUCCUGGUCCCAGACCCACAAGCCCCUCUGACGAGGUCAAGUAACAGAACUGCAGCUCACAUAAAACCUCCACUCAAUACAACACCAACAGACCACCACCCAUUUUAAAGGACCAGUGUAUAAUAUUUAGGGGGAUCUAUUGGCAGAAAUAUUGGCAGAAAUAGAAUAUAAUAUUC